CGGGCGUGGCGCGGUUGGCCCGCAGCGCAGGCGGAGAGAGCGCGUCGCCGGGGCGGGGACUCAGGGACGGCGGCGCAGCUCCCGGGCUCGGUCCUCCCAGCUUCUGUGCCGCCCAUGGCUGAGGUGCUGGAGCCAGAUCCCGGGGCUCCGGAGGACGCAGCAGCCCUAGACCUGGAGACGCCGGUCUGGAAAGCUCCGGAAGAUGCGGGGCCCCAGCCCGAAAGUUACGAGAUCCGACACUAUGGACCGGCCAAGUGGGUCAGCACGUGCAUCGAGUCCAUGGACUGGGAUUCGGCAGUCCAAACUGGCUUUACCAAACUCAGCAGCUACAUUGAAGGCAACAACGAACGAGAGUUGAAAAUGAAGAUGACAGCUCCAGUGACAAGCUUCGUGGAGCCCGGAUCGGGUCCCUUCAGUGAAGCCAUUGUGACUGUGUCCCUGUACCUCCCCUUGGAGCAGCAGUCUGACCCACCCAGGCCUUCCGAGUCAGGUGUUUUCAUUGAGGAGCGUGCCGGAAUGACUGUGUUUGUAAGGUCAUUCGAUGGAUUCUCUAGUGCCCAAAAGAAUCAAGAACAACUUCUGACAUUAGCAAGCAUCUUAAGGGAAGAAGGAAAAGUUUUUGAUGAAAAGGUUUAUUACACUGCAAGCUACAACAGUCCUUUCAAACUGCUGGAUAGAAAUAACGAGGUGUGGUUGAUUCAGAGACACAAAGCCUCCAAAGAAAGUGAAUGAGAAGAGGAAAGAAAGAUCCAUGGCUAGGGGUAAAACUCCUGCUUUAACACAUGAGGGGUCUUCAGAAAGCUCAUGAAAAAUGUGUAUUAGGAAAACACUGUGCAUGGAUUUCAAAAUUCAUUCACACCAAAAUAAGCUUACCAUUUGAUUCCA